AUGUUGGAGGCCUUUGAGAUUUUGACCACAUCCGGCGUGGUGCUAUGGUCCAAGUCAUAUGCCCCAGUGGGGUCCCAUGUGAUCAACAGCCUCAUCAACGAUGUAUUUAUCGAGGAAAAGGUCGUUCCCCAGAACGGCCCUGUGGGUGGAGCCUCACCAGUUUUCAAGAAGGAGAAGUACACUUUGAAAUGGAAGAGGAUCAAGGAAUUCAAUCUCAUUUUUGUGGCCGUCUAUCAAUCGCUAUUGCAUCUUGGAUGGAUUGACAAGCUGCUGGAGAACAUCUCGACAAUCUUUAUUGACGUCUACAAAGACCAACUCAAGGGGAGCCGUGCCCGGAUUACAGCCUACAAGUUUGAUGCAUACUUUGAGCAACAAGUGCGCGAAUUGGAGGACAAUGUCGGCGGUAUUGCAGACGUGCCUUCGGUUGGUACGGGCGACAAGAAAGACGCACUUGUUUCGUCUGACAAUGGAGGACCACCUCCACCGCCAGUGCCGGGUCUCAUCAAAGCGCAGUAUCAAGCUGCGCACGCAGGGGCGACCUCUGACGAGGCCACCCCACCCGGAACCCCUGACAUUUCUCGAACCUCGACUCCUGUCACGGGUCACCUUCUCGCCGGCAAGGCUGGGCCCGGGGGCCGGGUUUCUCGCCGCGCACGAAAAGCCGCCAAUGCUAGCGCCAAUGCCUCCUCCGGCGAUGAAUACUCUCGCAAAGGAGGGAAAUCUACCCCCAAAAGCUCCGCGAAGAAGAUGCGCAAAUGGGAUGCCGAUGGGUUUGCCGACGAGGACGAUGGCGCGGUUUUGGAUUAUUCGGCACCAGCAGAUGAGACGAGUGGUCAUGCCCCCGUCGUCGAGGCCGUUUCCCAGGAAGAUAUGGGCCACAGGACUGGGAAGGGCCAGUUCGUCCUGAAAGACUUGGGAGAUGAGGUUCACAACAUUCUGGAUAAUGCCGAUGCAGAGAAGAGCAAGGACUCGGCGCCUUCGGGUAUGGUAGGCUCCGGAUUCAAUGCAAUCGGCGGAUUCUUCCGCAACAUUGUCGGUGGCAAGGUCCUCACAGAGGCAGACCUCCAAAAGCCACUGAAAGCGAUGGAGGACCACUUGCUCAAGAAGAACGUUGCCCGAGAGGCCGCUGUGCGUCUUUGUGAAGGUGUUGAGCGCGAGCUUGUUGGAAAAAAGACUGCAAACUUCCAGAGCGUCGACGCCGCACUCCGCAUCGCGAUGGAGGCAUCACUGCGCAAGAUUUUGACACCCACCUCCUCGCUUGAUCUUCUUCGCGAGAUCAACGCGGUGACUGCGCCUACUACGAAGCAGCAAGCCCCGCGCCCCUACGUCAUGUCCAUCGUUGGUGUCAACGGCGUCGGCAAGUCAACAAAUCUGAGCAAAAUCUGCUUUUUCUUGUUGCAAAACAAUUACCGUGUCCUCAUUGCAGCUUGCGAUACCUUCCGGUCCGGUGCCGUCGAGCAAUUGCGUGUUCACGCACGCAACCUGAAAGAACUCAGUGCGCGUGAGAAUGUCGGAGAGGUGGAGCUGUACGAGAAGGGAUACGGAAAGGACGCAGCCAACGUUGCCAAGGAUGCAGUCGCGUACGGCGCGGCGAACAAGUUUGAUGUUGUCUUGAUCGAUACCGCCGGCCGCCGCCACAACGAUCAACGACUCAUGUCUUCCCUGGAAAAGUUCGCCAAGUUCGCUCAGCCUGACAAAAUUUUUAUGGUUGGUGAGGCUCUGGUUGGAACCGACAGUGUCAUGCAAGCGCGCAAUUUCAACCAGGCCUUUGGCAGCGGACGGAACUUGGAUGGAUUUAUCAUCAGCAAGUGUGAUACCGUUGGUGACAUGGUCGGCACACUGGUGAGCAUGGUCCAUGCCACCGGUAUUCCCAUUGUCUUCUUGGGAGUAGGACAGCACUAUGGGGAUUUGCGAGGAUUGAGUGUUCCUUGGGCUGUGAACCUGCUGAUGAAGUAG